AUGUGGCGUGAGAUUGGGAGACACCUACCGACUGCAUUAUCGAGCACCAGGUGGCUGAUCGGCGACGGGCAGAGCAUUGAUGUGACCAGUGAGCCAUGGGUGGACACCUUGCCAUUGAGGAGUUGGCCGACCAUGGUUGAUGUAGAGGCAGUAGAGGGACUACGGGUCAGUGACCUUUUGGCAGGAGGUGGAGCAGAGUGGGAUGAUGCUAGACUUCGACAGCUAUUUGGGGUACACCUUGCAGCAAGGAUCCGGUCCCUUCCGUUACCAGGAUGUGGGGGGCGGGAUGUCCGGGUAUGGGGCACAUCGAGCCAGGCCAGAGUCAGGCUAGGCGACCUCUCCCGUGUCCUCCAGUCAGAGCAGGAGAGGGGGUCGGAUUGCACAUGGAUCUGGAGGCAUGGUCUCCACCCGCGUUUAGCACUCUUCUUAUGGAAGGUGUUCUGGGAUCGCCUUUCGACGAGAGCAGCGCUGAGCAGGCGUGGUUGGGGGAUCCCUGCAGAGUGUGGGACGUGUGGGGCCGUGGAGUCGGCAGACCACGUGCUCUUUCAGUGUAUAUGGGCGAGAUUGACAUGGCAGUGGGCCGGGAUCCCGCAGGAGGCCCGGAGUGACAGGCCACAGUUUCUUCAUAUGAUACGGCAGGGGCUACCUAGUUCGUGGACGUGUCAGGAGGCCAUUAGAGCGACUUGCACAGCAUACCAGAUUUGGCUGGCAAGAAACGCUCGUACUCUCGGUGAGCGCGGGGUGUCACCGAGGUUUGCUGCGGAGCUUGCUCGUGUUCAGGCUUCUGAGUUUGUACCUACCACCUCUUCAGAUAGACCUUUGAUAGCUCGGGAUACCUGGGGCCCCCCUUCUGCUUCGGCAGCCCACCAGAUGGUGUUUUUCACCUGGGAGCCCCCACCCCUGAGUUUUCUCAAGGUUAAUUUUGACGGGUCGGUGCUGGACAGUGGCAUGCGGGGUGGUGCUGGCUUUAUUAUACGAGGCCCGCACUCCAGGGUAGUUGCAGCAGGUGGCUGUCAGCUGUUCGACACGUCGGUUCCGGAGGCAGAGCUUCGCGCAGCCUGGGCGGGUGUGCGCCAUGCGAGGAUGAUCCUGCGGGCCAGGUCGAUCAUUUUGGAGGGCGACUCCACCACGGUUAUCGGAUGGAUUCGGAGGGGGUCGACGGGUGAUGGUACAGACCACCCCUUGAUCCGCGACAUAGGGAGUAUGAUGAGAGAUGUGAGAGCCUUUCAGGCUCAGCAUGUAUUUAGAGAGGCCAAUGGGGCAGCCGACUGGGUGGCGGCCCAUGCGGCCCAUCACUCAGGGUACACCCUUUGGUCAGGGGAGGAGGAGCUGCCACAUGCGCUCCGCGAGUUGCUUUAUUUUGAUUUUCUUGGAUCAUUCUCCCGAAUACUGAUGCUCUUGGCCUUAUCAUAUAAAGUGGAUUCUAGUUGA